AUGGAAACAAACCCGUCUUUUGUCCUCGAGGCCAUUCAGCAUGUUACCUUUCGAGACAUACCUGUGCCUGAAAUCGAGGAUCCAUACGACGUGAUCGUUCAAAUCAAGCAGACAGGUAUCUGCGGUUCAGAUGUCCACUACUGGCAAAGAGGGCGGAUAGGAGACUUCAUCCUCGACACCCCCAUUGUCCUCGGCCACGAGUCUGCCGGAACAGUGGUGCGCGUGGGAAAGGCAGUCAAGCAUCUGAAAGAAGGAGACAAUGUAGCCAUCGAACCAGGCGUUCCAUGUCGUCACUGCUCAUAUUGCCGAAGUGGCUCAUACAAUCUAUGUCCCGAUACGGUGUUCGCAGCAACGCCACCCCACAACGGCACGCUGUCACGAUAUUUCAAAACAGCCGGUGAUUUCUGCUAUCCACUUCCAGACCAUCUGAGUCUCGAGGACGGUGCUCUCUGCGAGCCGGUUGCGUGCGCUGUGCAGAUCUGCCGCGUUGGCGAGGUCCGCGGGGGGCAAACGGUUGUUGUAUUUGGGUGUGGGCCUAUCGGGAUCUUGGUGCAAAGUGUGGCGAAGCAGUAUGGAGCGAAGACCGUGAUUGGAGUUGACAUCAACAGGAAGAGACUUGAUAUGGCGAUCGAUAUUGUGCAGUCUGCGGAUGGUGUCUUUGAGCCACCGCAGUGGCGGAGGACAGAGCCCCAUGAUGCGGAUGCGGAAGUCGCUUUCUAUGGGAAUGUUGCAGAGGGGAUCAAGAAACAGUUCGGAUUGGGGGAGGGCCCUGAUGUGGUUAUUGAUGCUACUGGAGCACAAAGUGCCAUUCAGACUGGUGUUCAACUGUGUAAGAAGGGUGGCAUGUUUGUUCAGGCUGGCAUGGGGCGUGAGAAUAUCGUCUUCCCGAUUACAACUGCUUGUAUCAGAGAUCUGACAAUCAGAGGGUCGAUUCGGUACAAGGCCGGCGUCUAUCCUGCCGCCAUUGACCUUGUGGCCAGUGGACGUGUGAAGCCGCAGAAGCUCGUCACACACAGGUAUAAGUUCGAAGAGGCUAUUGAGGCUUUUGAGAAAGUGAGGAGUGGCGGUGAAAAUGUUCUCAAGGUAAUCAUUCAAGGCGUGGAAUGA